AAUGGCUAGGUGUAUGGUGUGGAUUGUAAUGGCAAUAGUAGGAAGCAGUUUAAUAGGAGCAACAGAGGGAGCAAGAGCAUUCUUUGUGUUUGGGGAUUCACUAGUGGAUAAUGGGAAUAACAACUUCUUAGCAACUACUGCAAGAGCAGAUGCUCCUCCUUAUGGCAUUGAUUACCCUACUCGCAGACCCACUGGCCGUUUCUCCAAUGGCUUAAACAUUCCUGAUUUUAUCAGUCAGGCACUUGGGGCAGAACCCACAUUGCCGUACUUGGAUCCGGAGCUCAACGGAGAUAGAUUGCUCGUCGGUGCCAACUUUGCUUCUGCUGGCAUUGGAAUCCUUAAUGAUACUGGAAUCCAAUUUGUAAACAUCAUAAGAAUAUACAGGCAGUUACAAUACUUCGAAGAAUACCAGCAAAGAGUGAGUGCACUGAUUGGAUCUGAGGAGGCUCAGCGCUUAGUGAAUGGAGCGUUGGUGCUUAUCACUCUUGGUGGCAAUGAUUUCGUUAACAACUAUUAUUUGAUCCCUUACUCUGCUAGAUCCCGCCAAUACAAUUUACCUGACUAUGUUAGGUAUUUGAUAUCCGAGUAUAAGAAGGUUCUCAGGAGGCUAUACGAUAUCGGAGCACGGCGGGUACUGGUGACGGGAACGGGUCCAUUGGGGUGUGUUCCGGCGGAAUUGGCCCAAAGAAGCAGGAAUGGGGAAUGUGCAACUGAUCUGCAAGAAGCUGCUGCAUUGUUUAAUCCCCAACUUGUUCAAAUUAUUGGUCAACUCAAUAGUGAAAUUGGUUCCAAUAUCUUCAUUGGAGCCAACACUCAACAAAUGAGCAAUAACUUCAUCACUAAUCCUACAGCAUAUGGAUUCGUUACAUCAAAAGUAGCAUGCUGUGGUCAAGGACCCUACAAUGGAAUAGGACUAUGCACAGUGUUAUCAAACUUGUGCCCAAACCGUGACGCAUACGCAUUUUGGGAUCCAUUCCAUCCAUCAGAAAGAGCCAACAGUAUAAUUGUUCAACAGAUCUUGUCGGGAACCACAGAGUAUAUGUAUCCAUUUAAUCUCAGCACUGCUUUGGCCUUGGACUCCAUGAAGAACUAGAUCAGAUAAUCAAGGGAUAUUUAUGUCAUUUUGUUUUAAUACUACUCUACUUUUAUAUAUGUAUGGGUUGUAGUAGCUAAUUUAAUUUUUUUGGAAUAAUAAUGUCGUCUUGAAAAUUAGUUUCGAGCAAGAAAAGCCAAAGUACUCUCCAGGUUAUGUGUACGGUAUAAUGUAUUUGAUUCAUGGAUGAA